AUGGCCCGAAGAAACAAACAUUUUCUUCCUUCGAGGGAGCCAUUUCGGCACGAUGAGAAGCUCCAGCUCCACCACGUUGACGGUGCUUUUGCAUUCUUGAAUCCAACUCGCGGUGUUUUUGACUAUCCAGCCACACCGAAGGACGACCUUUCACAAAAGCAGCAGUCUGACCACCAACAAGCCCAUCCCUCUCACCCACCCCAUGAAUCAUCUCCUCCGUUGAAGACCUAUCCCACCAGCCGGGUGCAAUUCCUCUGGCGGUCUCGAGACAACCGCAAAGGACGACAUGCACUUCUCGUACGCCGACCGUCGUCAGAUUCUGAGAGAAAGGCAGCUCGCUUCCUGGCACCCCAGCGAACAUCCCAUCCCCGACAAGUCUUGCGCAACGUAUGGCGGACGUUCACCUAUUUCCCUGUAUGGGAUAUCUCCUGGCUAGUGGCAUUCAUCUUUACGCUCGGAAGCUGUGUGUGGGUGAUCAACGGCUUUUUCGUCUGGCUACCUGUUGUGGCCCCGUCCACAGAGUUCAACAACGAGAUUCUGUACGGUGGUGGCAUUACCGCCUUCAUUGGGGCGAUCGUCUUCUUCGAAUGUGGCUCCAUCCUGCUGAUAUUUGAAGCCGUCAACUCCGAAAAUUCUGGAUGUUUCGGUUGGGCGGUGGAACAACUCGUGGACCAUGAGCAUGGCGGCCUCCACACUGGCAAUGCAACCCAAUUUCGAAUCACGCCGAACAAACGACACUGCAGACAUCACCACCAAAACAAGCACAACUUCGUCGGUAAGCCCUCCUCAAAGACCAUUAUCCAACCAAGCGACGACAAAACAAUAUCAUCCUCCUCCCCGGACACAUCACCAUCUCAAUCACCACCGGCAUCAACCUCCAAGACGCAACCCACCCCAAACAGAUCAUGGCAAUGGUUCCCCUCCAUGCACGCACUACGCACACAUUAUCUCCACGAACUAGGAUUUCUUGCAGGCGCAUCGCAACUCUUUGGCGCGACAAUCUUCGGCAUCUCCGGCAUCACCGCCCUCCCCGGGAUAAACGACCACUUGGAGCCUCAAUACGUGUUGAACGCCGCAUACUGGAUCCCGCAGGUCAUCGGUGGCUCCGGCUUCAUCGUCUCCAGCUCGCUGUACAUGCUCGAGACACAGACGAAAUGGUACAUUCCGGCCCCGCGCAUCCUAGGCUGGCACAUCGCCUUCUGGAACUUGAUUGGCGCCUUCGGCUUCACGCUGUGCGGCGCCCUCGGCAUGGCGUAUAGGAAUUCCGGCGCCCAGUUUCAGGCCGGCCUGGCGACGUUUUGGGGCUCGUGGGCCUUCCUCAUCGGAAGUUAUCUGCAGCUGUAUGAGGCCUUGGACAAACAUCCCGUCGAGGAGGUUUCUUCGGACGAAAAGUUCAACGACCUCGCUACUACCGCCAAGAGUAGCUCAUCGAAAGCAGAGGUGGAUGUCUAG